CGGCGGUGUUGGCGGAGUGUGUGACGGCGUGGGGCGCGGAGAGCCUGCCGGCGUGGCGCGCGGGGAGCAACUGCAGGGCGGGCGCGCAGUGGCUGCAAUGCGACGACGCGGGCAUGCUCACCGCCAUCAAGCUGGGGUGGCUGGGGUCGGGCAAGAAGCUGGCGGGGUCCAUUCCCACCGCACUGGGCCUGCUCACCAAGCUCACCUUCCUGGAUCUAAGCUACAACCAGCUGGUGGGCUCCAUUCCCUCUACCAUCUCCAACCUUGCCAACCUGCGUAUUCUGUCGCUGAGUGGCAACAAGUUGGUGGGGUCUAUUCCACCAGGCAUAGGUGCCCUCACGGCGCUCACAGAGCUCACGCUGCACAACAAUGAGCUGCAGGGGGGCGUACCGCCCGCCAUCACCAACCUCUCCAGCCUUGCUACGAUUGCUCUGAAUGAAAAUAACCUCUGGGGCUCCCUUCCCUCGUCCAUUGGUCUUCUCAGUAACCUAACUAUGCUAAACAUGAGGGAUAACGGGCUGACGGGAGCCAUUCCCAGCUCCAUCUGGACCCUUGCCCACCUUCAGGACCUCAUUCUUAGCGACAACAGUCUCAGUGGUUCCAUCCCAGACGCUAUCUCCAACCUCACCUCCCUCUCUAAACUGCAGCUGGAGGGCAACCGCCUCUCAGGCACCCUGCCGGCAUCCCUGGGGGCCAUGCCAGCUCUGGCAGAGAUUUACCUUGGUAGCAACUUACUCUCGGGUCCACUCCCCACCUCCCUCUUUGCGCACAAGAACCUAGUGCACCUCUCACUGCAGGAGAACGAGCUGUCUGGCUCUAUACCUACUGUCCUCGCCCCUCUCACUGCUCUCACCCACCUUGAGUUGAGCAACAACCAGAUCACAGGCCCUCUACCAAUCGACAUCACCACCCUCUCUGCCCUCGCUCACUUGGAUCUGAGUUAUAACACCCUCACAGGCGCUAUCCCUCUGGGCAUCGCCAACCUAACUGCUCUCGCCUUCCUGUCAUUGCAGUGGAACACUCUCUUCGGCCCCAUUCCCUCCCCACUCUCGCAACUCUCCACACUCACAGACCUGCGUCUGAGCAACAACCUGCUAAGCGGCUCCAUCCCAGAGUCCAUCACUGCUCUCGCCAGCCUCGUCUACGUCAUGCUGGGCUACAACAUUCUGUCGGGCAGCAUUCCUGAUGGCAUAGGCCAGCUCACGGCGCUCUCACUGCUCUCUCUGCGGCACAACCAGCUUACGGGUCGCAUCCCCCCAUCCAUAGGCCAGCUCACAACACUCUCAGAACUGUACCUGGACUCCAACCUCCUCUCUGAUUCCAUCCCUAACUCCAUCACCAACCUCUCGCUCCUCUCUGCCCUGUAUCUGCACAACAACCUACUGUCGGGCCCCAUCCCCCCCGCCAUUGGCAAUAUUCGCCCCCUCAUAGACCUGUCGCUGAGCGACAACCAACUGAACGGGUCCAUCCCGGACUCUAUCAGCAACCUCUCCAAACUCGUGUUGCUCUACAUGGCCAACAACUCUCUCUCCGGCUCCCUGCCCACAUCCCUCAAGAUGCUACCGCACCUCCUCGAACUGGAGCUGCAUCACAACAACCUCUCGAGCAUCCUACCCAACGCCCUGGGAGGCCUUGCCAACCUGGUAGUGCUAGACCUGGGGAACAACGAGCUGUCGGGCACCAUUCCAUCCGUUCUCGGCCAACUCACAGACCUCAUGAACAUCACACUGCAUUCGAACCAUCUGACCGGCCCCCUCCCCCCCAAGCUCUUCAGGCUUCCAAAGCUGCAACGCCUGGACCUGAGUCACAACAUCCUCUCGGACUCCAUUCCAGACACCAUCAGCAACCUCGUCAGCCUCGAGUACCUGGAGCUUUCAGCCAAUGGGCUCUCAGGCAGCAUUCCAUCGGCGCUGGGAAAGCUCACUCUGCUUGAGAACAUUGACCUGCGCACCAACAACAUAGAGGCAUCCAUACCAGCCACACUCGGCAAUCUCAUGAACCUGCGAGUGCUGGAGGUGGAUCAGCCCGAGGUGUACUGUCUAUCAGGCGACGUGUACUGUGAGGUGCCUCAGAACGACUCCUCUCUCUUCUGCCGCAAGUGCUCUGAUUUCUGCACCUCCUGCCUCCCGGGCGUGAAACCCGCUCGAAAUGAAAGCUCACCCGCCCCCUCCCAGGCAUCAUCAUCACCACCAGCACCACGAGCACCACCACCACCACCACCAGCAACCUCCAAGAAAAUGUCUGGCGGGGUGAUAGCAGGGAUUGUGACUCUCUCUGUCACAGCUUUCUGCUUGCUGCUGGCACUUGCUCUGAUGUACAGCAGAAGGCACAAGUCCUCAGCCCAAGAAACGGACCCGUUGUCAGCGACUCCUCCUGAAAUCACGCCUGUGGCAGCCGACAGGCGCGAGUACGAAAGAAUGACCGACAACUCCCGGAAAAUCCAGUGUCGCUCAGCGGAGCCCAUGUAA